UUUCCAUUUUCAUCACCAAUUCAUCCCCUUAUCCACGUUUAUCAUCCGUCCCUCCUCAACGGCGAGAAUCGAUGGCAAUGGAUAUCCUGCGUUCACAAGUCUCCGCCAUCCCAUUUUUUGACGCUGCCGCCACUCGCCGUCGUCGCUCUGCCACAUUCAGCUUCAGCGUAAGGGCAACCCUUCCUCUCCCGCACCAAAAUGCUAAGUACUACAAAGAACUUGAAGCUGCUGUUGACGUAGUCCAGAAGGCUUGCAAUUUCACUCUCCAUGUGCAAUCAUCUUUGUUCUCAACUGAUGGGAAGGUUAUUGAGAAAAAUGACCAGACUCCGGUGACUGUUGCAGAUUUUGGAGUUCAGGCUCUCAUAAGUUUGGAGUUAGAUAAGUUGUUCCCUUCUAUACCUUUGGUGGCCGAGGAGGACUCUGCUUUCUUGCGAUCAAGAAAUUUAGCAGGUACCGUGUUUGAUGCAAUAACUGCUACAGAUAGCUCCACCUGUAAAUCAUUGACACAAGAUGAUGUACUAGAAGCAAUUGAUAGAGGAAGCAAGGAAGCUUUUAUAUUUGGACCAAAGCCAGCCACAUAUUGGCUGCUUGACCCAAUUGAUGGCACGCGUGGUUUUCUAAAGGCUGGCAAAGCCUUUUAUGUGGUUGGUUUGGCUCUGGUGGUUGAGGGAGAGGUUGUCAUUGGUGUUAUGGGCUGUCCUACCUGGAAGGAAGAUUUAUCUGAGAAAUCCUCUGCUGAGAUUGACGAGGAGUGGGAUUCUCUUAAUGGAUCAGGAACUGUAAUGAUUGCCCAUAAAGGCUGUGGAACAUGGAGGAAAAGUUUGAAUAGCCAACUGAAAUCACCUGAUGUGUGGACCAGAUGUUUUGUUGAUGGGUCUGAUGUAAUACAUAAAGCACGCUUUUGUAUUUCAGACAGUGAAAAAUGGGAAGCACUGCCACUGUCUCCUUUAUUUAAGGCAGCAAGCGAUGCUGAUAACGUAGGCAGCAACCAAAUCCAUCUUUUGCGGGCAUGUUGUGGAAGCUUAUGCAAGUAUUUGAUGGUGGCCUCUGGCAGAGCAUCUAUUUUCAUUCUUCGAGCAAAGCAGAAGCCCGUUAUAAUGGCCUGGGAUCAUGCAGCUGGCAUUAUAUGCGUUCACGAAGCAGGGGGAAAGGUAACAGACUGGAACGGCAGUGAAAUAGAUCUGGCAGCGGAUCGUGAUGGCCGGCGGAUUAUAUAUCCUUCCGACGGUAUCCUUGUCACCAACGGCCAUAUACAUAACCAGGUUUUGCAGAUUAUCUAUCAGACUGCAGGAGUUUGAUGUUUGGGGAAUUGUUCAUCCCAAUUAUUUCUGAAAUGAUUUAUAUGAAAAUUGUACGUGUACUGAUGUUGUUAGAAUUUUUUACAUUGAUUUUUCGUAAAGCUGUGAUAAAUUUAUUCAUUUUUACAAUAAUUAUUUUA